AUGGCUACUUCAUCAGUACACAAAUACCGCCCGGUCGUGGUAUCCGGUCCCUCUGGCACAGGCAAAUCGACCCUUCUCAAAAGACUCUUUGAAGAGUUCCCAGAUACCUUUGGUUUCUCGAUUUCUCACACCACUCGCUCCCCAAGAGCAGGCGAGGAAGAUGGAAGGGAAUACUACUUUACGACAAAAGAGGACUUUCUGAAACUCGUCAGCGAGAAUGGGUUUAUCGAACACGCUCAAUUCGGCGGGAAUUUCUACGGCACCAGCGUACAAGCCGUGCGCAACAUCGCCUCCAAACAGCGCAUCUGCAUCCUCGACAUCGAAAUGGAAGGCGUAAAACAAGUGAAACGAACAGACCUCAACGCGCGGUUCUUGUUUCUCUCUCCGCCUUCCAUUGAAGAGCUUGAGCGCAGACUACGGGGUCGCGGCACCGAGACGGAGGAUAGUCUGAGUAAACGUCUGGCGCAGGCGAAGAAUGAGUUGGAGUACUCGAAACAGCCCGGUGCACAUGACAAGAUUGUUGUGAAUGAUGAUUUGGAAAAGGCCUAUAUAGAGCUAAGAGAUUGGAUUGUUGAUGGGGAACUGUUUGGUACUGUAUCUACGUAA